UCAUGUCUUGUGGCCCGAAUCUUUGUUCUUGCGCGUGAUUCUUUCUCUCUGUAAACCUUUCUUGAAAUAUAUAUAUAGGUCUGCAUGUGUCUGUUUCCUAAAACAAGUGCUGGCAGCUAUUUCUCCGAGGUAGUCUAUAGCCUGUAGCACUCUCUUCUUGUAGAAAGUAAGAAGCGACCGGCGGAAGGCUGCGCCGCCACCUCACGCGGACCCCCUCACGGCGGCAUUUGGUGUUGGAACGAUCAUGGGCUGCAUUCCCUGUCAUUCUCCGUUCAUCGUAUGGCUCCUCUUCUGCUCCCUUUUCAUCACCCUGAAUGCUCAUGAAAAUGAAGUGGAGAAUGAAUCUCCAUUUACCUAUGAUUGGAACUCUGAUAGAGGACCGGGAAAUUGGGGGAACCUCAACCGGAAGUGGAAAGCCUGUGGAUUUGGAAAACUUCAGUCACCAAUUGAUCUUAAUGAUGAUAGAGUUUCGAUCGUGCAUACGUUGGGGAACUUGAAAAGAACCUACGAACCAGCUCCCGCUGUAAUAAAAAACAGGGGACAUGACAUAAUGGUAGCAUGGGAAGGAGAUGCAGGAGGCGUUGUAAUAAAUGGGACCGAGUUCAAGUUACAACAGUGCCACUGGCAUACUCCUUCUGAACACACUGUGGAUGGGAAAAGGUUCAAGAUGGAGAUUCAUAUGGUUCAUAAGAACUCUCGCGGUCAGAUUUCUGUCGUUGGCAUCCUGUACAAAUUGGGACGUCCAGACCCGUUUCUUGCAAAGCUUCUAAAGCAAGUACAGCUUCUAAAGCACGUCAAAACAGUUGGUCAUGAAGGAAAGUACGUGGGGUUUGUUGACCCAUGGGGUAUCAAAUUCGGAAGUAGAAAGUAUUUCAGAUACAUCGGUUCUCUAACAGUCCCACCAUGCACAGAAGGUGUUCUCUGGACAAUACUAAAGAAGGUUAGGACAGUCUCAAUAGAGCAAAUAAGAGCACUAAGGGAUGCUGUUCACGAUGGAUUUGAGGAAAAUGCGAGGCCAAUUCAGCAAUCAGACGAUAUAACAGUGUAUAUGUAUCGUCCCAAGACUUGAUAAAAGUUAGGCUACAGAGCUCAGGUACAGAAGUGAAAAGAGAAGGGAUGAAAAAGCAUGCUGCUGCUGUUUUCUGAGAAUCUUGUUACUGUAUGUUGUUUGAUUUCAGUACUUCAGAAUAAUACAGUUGAGCAUUGCUUGUGCUUUAAAUCAUGUUUGCUGUAACCCAAAUCCAGGGCAAUUAAGAGGGAAGCUAUUCAGGUUGAACGACGUAUAAAAGAGAAAAGCAUAAUUGAUAAAAACCCGCAAAGGAAGUAGCAAAUUAUAGUGCAAAAUGAACAAAGAUUACAAUAAGAAAAUCAACUGCAUAAACAGGGGAAGGAUUCAUAAGCAGAAGUCCCAAGCCAGAAAAAAGAUUACAGUGCAAGAAGAGCAAA